UUCUGUCCCUCGCUGAGUCAGAUGGACAGCUCCCAACUUAGAAUGACACAAACAGGCAGACCAACUCCCAAUUCAGACUGGCUGAAAACAUCAAGAGGACUCUAAAUCACACAAAAAACAACAUUGGGGAUUGAUAUCAGAAGAUCUGGAGGAAAUUACCAAGAUGGAGGCAUGUGAAGGUCUGGACUCGGAGAUGUCAGAGCUACAGGAGUAUCCGCGUGAAGCUUCAGAUGCCAUCAGCCAGGACGAUGAAGACGAAGUGGAAGAGCUACAAAACAGUCUGCGAGAAGUUGUCCAGGAUCAGUCGGUGAAGCCCAAACUCCAGUGCCUGAUGGUGGAUCCAUCGUUCUCAAUGGUAACAGUUCAGAGCGAGGACAGUGGUAUUGUUUGGGAGACGGCCUCUAGCCGUUGCUCUACUCCCUGGGCCUCUGAGACAAGCUCCACCUCUGAAGCUUACAGCAUGGAGGGCUCUGGAACAGCUGGAAAGAUCACCAUUGUCUUUGAUGAGGACAAAAUAAUCCGCAGGAGGACAAGAUCCGGAGGACGUAGCAGGUUGGGGGACAGGCUGAGCCGACCGGGAAGUUCAAGAUCAGCUUCAGCUCUGGGAGUGGAGAGACUGGAGAUGUCUGAAGUUUCUCUUCCUAAUGUCAGACAGGAGGAAACCAAAACAGAACCGGACUUGGAGGAAAUCAAAAACAAAGAUCAGCAGCUGUUUAGUUUGAUUUCAGAGGGUUAUGAGAUUCUCAACAUCAGAGUCCCCUCCAAACUACCCACCGUGGAUGAGGAGGAGAGUACUGAGCUGCAGGACAAUUUGUCUUACCUGGACCAGACUCCAAAGAUCAGGUCCCGAAACCACCAUGACUGGACACAGCAACAGAAUCACUUCCUGCAGGGGGAGGCGGAGACACAAGAGUCCUCGAAGCAAGAUUCUUCCCAACCAUCAGCAGCCACCGAGCUCAGCUCCACUCAAAAAGAGGGCACCAGUGACAUUGACUAUUUUGAGAAGUUUACCCUUUUGGAUGAGGUGGUUCCUGGAGAACAAGCACCAGAGCUACAGGAGGAGGCAGAACAGCCUGCAGCGAAACCACAAGCAGAGGAACAAAAACCUGCUAAGGAGGCAGCCACAGACAGCCCCUCAGUAUCUGAAGACUCUUUCGUAUUUGUUACAGAUGUAGAGAUAGUUGGAGAACACCUGGAUGAGGUAUUCUAUGGAGAAGGAGCUCCCGCUGAUGCACUGCAGCACAAGGAGGACGAUGAGGAGGGUGGAGGCAGGACGAGAACAAGACGAGAGAGCAAGAGAUCAACAAUGGAGAAUGCUUCAGUGUUGUUUGGCACUGAAGAGACCACUUUAACUCCCAUCUAUAUCUCCCCUGGACCCCCUAAGAUCAUUGACCCCAUCCUGCUGGAGGAGCCCACUGCCAUGUCCUUCAUGUACUCUGACCUUUACGAGGAUGCUAUGGGUGAGAGGAGGAAGAGCGACGAGGAACACUCCGAGGCAGAGAGCGUGGCGUCUGAGAAGUCUUAUCGGAGGCGUAUGUCAGAUUCAGAGGAGGCGGACGGGUACCUGGAGAAGUUCAUUUUAAAAGAUGAAACUCCCACAGUGGAUGAUCCACCGGAGACAGUGGAGGAGAAAAGUGGAGGGAGGAUGAUGUGGCCACAAAGUAAAUUUGACAUGACAGGAUGUCUAAUAAGAGUAGCUGAAGAAGAAGACAAGGAAAAGACAGAGGCAGAGGAACCGAAGAUGCAAGAGGCCAGUGCUGGAGAUAAGAGCGGAGAUUUACACUCAGAAAUGUUUGAAGAGAAAAAGGAAAUAGUUACAGAAACAGACAAAGAAAGGGAGGACAUUCAAGGAAGGGAGGACAUACAGCUCUCAACGGUGGCUGAUGAAGCUGCAGAAGAUCCAAUUCAGGAGUCUAAACCAAUGCAGGCACAAAUGGAGGGUCAACAAGUGAAACAUGAGAUAAAAACUGAGCAGACUGAGCCUUCUGAGCUCAGCACAGAAAAAACACUCUCUGAAACUCACCAAGCGAACAAUAAAGUGGAGGAAACAGAGGAGAGUGAGGACCAUCAGAGAGCAGAUGAAAAAAUAAGUGAACAAAGCAGUAUUGAAGCUGAACAGCCAUGUGAAACACAAAAAGUGGCUGAAGUGCUUGUUGUGACAACAGAUGAAGCAGUGACAGCACCUGUAAGCAGCGAGGUGCCUCCAGUAGUCACAGAACCUGAAAUACAAACAGAAACCACUGAGCAGAGCUUGUCUGAGGAGGCAGCGACUGACACCAAGAUGGUGGCUGCUGAUGAGCUACUAGGAGAAGAAGCCAAAGCUGAAGCUGAAGUGAAAGAACCUGAGACCGUAAGGCAGGAAGUGCUCUCCCCAGCUGAACCCUCCAGUGAAAUGGAGUCAACACCACCAUGUGAGGAACAAGAAGCAGCAGAAGUUGCUCCCGGAGAUGCUGCACCUGUCGAGGUGAUCACUGACUGUGACUGUGGAGUACGCACAGUCGUGGAGGUGACUGAAAAAGCAGUGAAUGAAAGAGAGAUUCAAACCCAAGUUCAGAUCGAUCUUCAGGAGGCAACAAGUGUUGAGACAACUGAUGUUCAAACAGCAGCCCCUGAAGGAGAAAAAGAACCUGAAUGUCUUAUAGAGGAACCAACUACUGAGAACGAGUUAACUAAACAUAAGACUGAAGGUUCUGAUCAGCUGUUGGAGGUUAAAGCUGAGAUUUCUGGUGAAGUUGUCAAACCUGCGAUGGCAGAAGAAGUCAAGACAGAUUCAGACAUGAAACAUCAUGAAAUCCUUGAAACUGAGCAGCAGCAACAAGAGAUGACAGACUACGAAUCAGAGAAAACAGUAACAGAAACUACAUCAAAAACACCUGUUCAGGACGCAGUGAAUGUAGGUGACGAGCUAAUCCUCCUCGUCCCCAAAGGACAAGCUGUUGAGAUGGACAUCGAGAUCAGCAAGUGGUCGGAGGAAACUACAGAAGAAACAGUAGUUCUGCCUGAACCUGAAAGCACAUGUGAACUUCAAGCACCAGUAGAAGAAACAAAGAUAGAGCCUGAAAUCGAAGCAGAACCAGAAACCGUUGUAAUAGAAAAAGAAUUACCCCAAAAUGAUUUAGACAGGGGGUUCUCACCACCUGCACCUGUGGAAGAGGCCGACACAGAGGAGCAGACGAUGGAGAGGGACUUAGAAGAAGAAGAGAAAGUCGUCUUUUCUCCACUGAGGAGUUUUACUCCACUGGAGGAUUUAUCUGGGCUGCAUGGAGAGGACGUACAGUCAGAAGACGUAGAUGUGGAACAAAAGGCAGAGGUGAUGGAAGAUGCACCAGAAACAAGCAUCACUGAAGAAGAUGCAGUUCCAUAUAUUGAAAAGCACAGUGAGGAUGUAGAGCAAAAAAUGGAGUCAGUUGCAGAAGCUACAGAGGUGCCUAUAGAUGAGCUGGAAUAUGAGGUGAUAUCUGAGCAGGAAUCAAAAGAAAUGCCAGAACCUGAAACACAGAGAGAGCUCAAACCUGAGCCCGAUCUGAAGCAAGAAGAUGAGGAGAUGGAGAUGGAGUUGGAGAAGGACGAGAAGGUAGAUGUUUUCUCAGAGGAAGAGCUCAUCGAAGCCGACUAUGAGAUCAUCGACGCAGAGGAGGAGAAUCAGGCCCGGCUGGCUGCUGAGCUGCAGGGGAUGGACUGGUUCUGUGUCACAUGUGGAUGUCUGCUGUCAGAGGAGGACUGUGAGGCUGAAGAGCAUCGCAGCCAUGAGGUCACCGCUGUGGAUAAAGCCUAUGAGGAAAUCAAGGAGACGCUGACUGUCUGGAUCUCAGAGCUUCAGGGGCGAUCAGAGAACAUCGAGGACUUGGUGUCAGAGCUGGAGCUGGCCUACAACUCUGUAGAGGACCAGUGUGUGGAGAGCGAAGCAGCCAUGCAGGCACAGAAUGAGGAGAUGAUGGCUCUGGUGAUGGAGCAGUACAACAACAUGUCUGUCAGCAUGGAGGAGGAGAAGAAGACAAAGCUGGAGCAGCUCUAUGACCAGAUCGUCUCCUUCCAGGAGAGCAUCGAUUCCGCCAAGGCCACUCUGGAGACCACGGCCAGAGAGGCUGAGACUGACGCACGGUCACCUGAAGACAUUCAUUCGAGACUCAAAGCAGCUCUGGACUCGGCCUUGUCACUGGAGCUGGGUCCCAAAGGACUGCUGGUGUUCGAGGACUACGCCAAGGCCAAUACUUCCAGCUCCAACCUCGCCCAGCGCAAGGGGAUCCCAGUUCCUCAGAGACCCACCCUGCAGCCUCAGGAGCCAGGUUCAGCCACCAGCACCAGCGUCACUGUUUACUGGAAAGUCAACCCUGGAGAUAUCAUAGACUGCUUCCAGGUGUACUGCAUGGAGGAUCCACAAGGAGCUGUGUCGGAGGAGUACCGCGUGACGGUGAAGGAGAGCUACUGUGUCCUGGAGGAACUGGAGCCUGACAAGAUGUACAAGGUGUGGGUGAUGGCUGUCAACUACACCGGCUGCUCUCUGCCCAGCGAGAGACUCAUCUUCAGAACUGCUCCAUCGGUGCCAGUGAUUGACACAGAGCGCUGCACUGUCAUGUGGGAUUCAGCUACACUGAGAUGGAGCUCAGCGAAACCAACUCUUGGACAGAGUUACACUUUGGAGUACUGCCGCCAGUACGAACUGGAGGGAGAAGGUCUCAGAUCCAUCUCAGGUAUCACAGUCUGUGAACAGAAGGUUCUCCUGCAGCCCAAUGAGAAUUACCUGUUUUACAUCAAAGCUGUGAAUGAAGCCGGUGCCAGCGAACAGAGCGAGGCUGCUCUCAUUUCCACCAAAGGGACGAAGUUCCACCUGUUGAAAGCGUCGGCUCACCCGGCUCUGGAGCUGUCAGAGAACCGGACCACCGUGCACUACACCCAGGACGCACACAAAACCAUCUCAUCCACAGACAAACUGUGUCCAUCUAUCCUGGGUGAGUCGCUGCCAGCACGAGGGCUCUACUACUGGGAGACCAUUGUGUCAGGAAGUGCAGCUUACAGGCUGGGAGUGGCAUACAGCACCGCCAACACAAACAGAUCACUGGGGGAAAACAGCCUGUCGUGGUGUUUGCAGUGUAUUCCCACACCAUCAGGUUGCAGGUAUCAGCUACUCCACAAUGACAUUCAGUCCAGUGUGUUUGUGAUCGAGAUGCCUGAGCGAGUGGGCACUCUUCUGGAUUACCAGCUCGGCCAUCUUUCUUUCUACAACACCCAAAACGGUCAGUUGCUGGGCACCUUUAGACAGCGCUUCACCCAGCCGUGCCACCCGGCUCUGGCCAUGGAGUUACCGGGGAGCCUGGAGGUCAGCAUGGUGCUGGAGGUGCCAGAGUUUACCAAGGACAGAUAGCUCUACUACAUCCCUCACUCACUGGAUAGUUUACAGUUCAUGUUGGACAUUUGUGGAUUUUGAUGAUCUUACUUUCUAAUGACCAUAUUGCAGAAUAAGACUAGAUUAAGUUCUAUUUGUCUAAACUGACCUCAUUCAUGGGUUUGUGUGUUUUUACCAAAAGGAACUUAGUCAGUAUAGAGCUCAGUAUAAAAACUGAUUUUCCUCAAAUAAACGCAACCUAAAUUUUACGUAUAAUUUCUUUUGGUAACAGAUGUGGAGGCUGUCUUGUAAAUAUCAAAACUAGUGAAGUAAAAAUGAAUGAUGACUGCGUGAAAAAUAAGUGGACUGGAGUUGAGUGAACCGAAAUAUUUCAUAGGCGAGUUUCUCGGAUUUUGUUUUGUCAAAGCGUAAGUGAAAUGUCGUGGAUCAUUUUGUAAUUCUGACCAUAAAAUAUGACGAUGUGACGGUUUUAUACUGUUUUGUAAAUGUUCUGUUGUUUCCUCUUGUCUCUUCAAAGCCUUACUUGGCAAUACAGUUCAUAUAGGUUCUGAAAGCAUACUGAAUAAUUCAAUAAUUCAAGUGUUUUGUCAUCCCAAAGUUUAGAAAAUGAGUUCAUAUCUCCAAAAAUACUGCAGCACUUUUUCCAACUGUGUUUCAUAAUGUGAAUAGGCCUGUUUUGUGUAAAUAAUCUUUUUAAACAGAUGUGAUCCGUUCUCUAUUUUACUAUGUGCUACAAAUGCAGAUCAGCUGUUUUCCUUUCCUUGUCUUGUAAACUGAUUUUCUCGUCUAAGCUGAAAGAACAUGAUUAUUUUUCUAUUUGCA